AUGUUUAAACAAACUGCUACACUCUUUCAGAAAGCAGCAUCUGCUGCAAAGCCAUAUGCGAAUAUGCUAAAAGACCCAAGCCAAAAGUAUAAAGCUUUCAAAGGAGUCGCUUUACCUGACAGAACUUGGCCUAAUAAGACGAUCACUAAGGCUCCAAGAUGGUUAUCCACCGAUCUUAGAGAUGGUAACCAAGCAUUGCCAGAUCCUAUGUCGAUUCCAGAAAAGAAAGAAUAUUUCCAUAAGUUACUUGAGAUUGGGUUCAAAGAAAUAGAGGUUUCAUUUCCAUCAGCUUCUCAAACUGAUUUUGAUUUUACCAGAUAUGCUGUUGAGAAUGCACCAGAAGAUGUCUCUAUUCAAGUUUUGACCCAGUCUAGAGAACCAUUGGUUAGAAGAACAGUCGAAUCAGUCAAAGGUGCUAAGAAGGCUACAAUCCACAUUUAUUUAGCCACCUCUGAUGUUUUCCGUGAUGUUGUAUUUGAUAUGUCAAAAGAAGACGCUGUAAAGAAGGCGAUUGAAACCACCAAGUUAGUGAGAUCAUUGACCAAAGAUGAUCCAAGUGCACAAGAAACUGAAUGGGCUUUGGAAUUCUCUCCAGAAUGUUUUUCUGAUACUCCAACAGAAUUUGCAGUAGAAAUCUGUGAAGCUGUCAAAAAUGCAUGGGAGCCAACUGUCGAAAAUCCAAUUAUCUUUAACUUGCCUGCAACUGUUGAAGUUGCUUCUCCAAACAUUUAUGCUGAUCAAAUUGAAUAUUUCUGUAAAAAUAUUACUGAACGUGAGAAGAUAUGUGUUUCUGUUCAUCCUCACAAUGACAGAGGGUGCGGUGUUGCAGCAGCAGAAUUAGGUUUAAUGGCUGGUGCAGACAGAGUUGAAGGUUGUUUAUUUGGCAGUGGUGAACGUACUGGUAAUGUCGAUUUAGUUACUGUUGCAUUGAAUAUGUACACUCAAGGUGUUGCUCCAAACUUAGAUUUCUCCGAUCUUGAAUCUGUUAUUGAAGUCACUGAAAGAUGUAACAAGAUCCAAGUUCAUCCAAGAGCUCCAUACGGUGGUUCGUUGGUUGUGUGUGCCUUUUCCGGAUCGCACCAGGAUGCCAUUAAGAAGGGAUUCGCAAAGGCUGAUGAAAGAGUCGCUAGAGGUGACACCAAAUGGGCUAUUCCAUACUUACCAUUAGAUCCAAAGGACAUUGGUAGAACUUACGAAGCUGUCAUUAGAGUCAACUCUCAAUCUGGUAAGGGUGGUGCAGCAUGGGUCAUAUUAAGAUCAUUAGGACUUGAUCUUCCAAGACAACUCCAAGUAGCAUUUUCAAGUAUCGUGCAAGAGAGGGCCGAUAGACUUGGAAGAGAAUUGAUGACAGAAGAAAUCAACGACUUAUUCAGAGAACAAUACAUGUCGCAUGAUAAGUCUCCAAUCACUCUCGAUGGCUUCGACAUUCCAAAGCCAGCCUCGUCUUCUUCCAAGAACAACCGUGAAAUCAACGUUUCCAUACAUGUUAACGACCAGCUUGUAAGCAUUACCGGUCAAGGUAAUGGGCCAAUCUCUGCUUUCAUCGACGCCAUCUCCAACAAGUUUGGCACCUUAUUCGAGGUCGUCAACUACUCAGAACAUUUACUAGGCUCUGGAAGUCAGGGUAAGGCCGCAACCUACAUCGAAUUGAGCUACCUCAACCAGAAUGGCGACAGAGUCUCCAAAUGGGGAUGUGGAAUACACUCCGAUGUCUCUGAAGCUUCCAUCCAGGCCAUUCUUUCUGUGGUUAACUCUUCCAUAGAAUCAAAAGAAAUCCCUGUAUGA